AUGUGGCUGCCCGGCUGAGGACUUCCGCCAGUCGCUACGUGCACUCCAGCCAAAACAUGGCCGCGCUCAUGGAGAUUUCCGCCAACCAGUGCGUUUCGGGAGCGCUUGACGCGACCCAUUGCGUAGUGACGUCUUUUUCCCGCCAUCACUGAGUUAGUUCAACGAGUCUUUGGUGUCUGCGCGAUGACUGGAGGAGAAAGCUGGAUCAGCGACCCGCUCGGUGUGGUACAGGGCUUGUUUGCUCAGAGACCGGCAGAUGGCGACUGGCAGAAGAACGUUACCGACUACUUCAGUGCCAAGCUACGGGACAGUGACUCUGCCGCUGCCGUGCCGUGCCUCAAUGACACCCCCCUGCAUUACCUGAAGCCCAACAGCCUGGUCCGGUUCCGCUGCAUGGUGCAGGACAUGUUCGACCCGGAGUUCUACAUGGGGGUCUAUGAAACGGUCGAUACCAACACCAGCGCCAGAGUUCUGCAUUUCGGCAAAUACAGGGAUGUGGCAGAAAGCCUGCCGCAGCAGGAAGUGGAUCCGGACUCCCGUCGCAAUGUAACCUGCGAGAGACAGACCUUCUACUGUGUGCCCGUGCCAGGGGAGUGCCCGUGGGUGAAGGAUGCCUACACCAGCUGCAGCCAGGCCAAGGUGUGCGCCUCCACCUCCUACGCCCCCAGCCGGCAGAAGAGGAGCUACGAGGAAGAUGAGGAUGCUGCUCCAUGUGACACUCGUGCUUCCCAUGGAUUGGGUGAACCAAAACGCCUGGAGACUGAAGCUGCGGGGGCUCAGCAACACCUGCCUUCCAGCUGCUCUUCUGCCCCGGACCUGAACUUCCCUCUCCCUGGUGAGAAAGGGCCCGCCUGCCUCAUAAAGGUGUAUGAGGGUUGGGACCUCUUUAAAGUGAAUGACGUUCUAGAGGUGUAUGGGAUCCUGUCAGUGGACCCCGCCCUGAGUGCGCUCACUGAGGACAGGGAAGCAGUAUCUGCCCUGCUGGACCCCUCUGACGACAUGGACACCCUGGAGGAGCAUCGCGCCCACUGCCCCCCUGCCUCCCUCGUACCCAGAAUUCACACCAUUGUUACAAGGAAACUGCAGCACAAUAACCCCCUGCUGCCCCCCAGCCUCCAAGGCAGUGAGGAGAGCAAGCUGUUUGUCUCCAACUUCCUGUCUGAACUGUCAGCUGUGAGAGCCGAGCUUCUGGACUUCCUGUCACAUGCUCUGCUUGGGGACAGUCUCGCUGCCGAGUACCUCAUCCUGCACCUUAUCUCUACAGUAUAUGCCCGGAGGGACGUCCUUCCCCUGGGAAAGUUCACGUUGAACCUGAGCGGCUGCCCCCGGAACGGGACCUUUUCAGAACUUCUGUACCGAGUCGUGCAACAGCUGGUCCCGGCGGCUCACUACCUCCCAAUGACCAUAGAGAACAUGAACAAGCUGUGCUUCAUCCCCCGCAAGGACUACAAUGCCAAUCGGCUCGUGAGCGGUCUCUUACAGCUCUCGCCGCAGACCUCUCUGCUGGUGGAUGAGACGCUGCUGGAGCAGGGACAGUUGGACACCACAGGGGUGCACAAUGUGACGGCUCUGGGGAACCUGAUAACUUGGCAGAAGGUGGACUAUGACUUCAGUUACCAUCGGAUGGAAUUCCCCUGCAAUAUUAAUGUCCUUGUCACUUCCGAGGGGCGGUCGCUUCUCCCAUCAGACUGCCAUGUCCAUUUACAGCCACAGAUGAUGCCCCCCAAUCUGGAGCAGUACCUGGGGGCCCUACUCGCUGCCUCUCUGCCCUCCCUGCUCAAUAAAUUCCGCACCUACAUCGGCCUCCUGAGACUCCUGGAUUACAGCAUCUCCGACGAGGCCACAAAGGCCGUCGAGGAUGAUUUUGUGGAAAUGCGCAAGAAUGACCCACAGAGCAUCAGUGCCGAUGACUUGCACCGACUGCUGGUUGUCGCCAGGUUGUCGUCACUGAGCGCAGGUCAGACGUCUCUCUCCCGGGAACAAUGGCUCAGGGCAAAGCAACUGGAACAGCAGAGGAAGAACCGCCUCCGAGAGCAGAAACACAUGAAUGUGAAUGAACUUUAGGGCUUUUGUUAUUCCAUAAGGGGGCGCUGUGCCCGGGGCGGCUGGAGGGGACUUUCUGUGGACUCUUUGCUUCCAGCCAGAUAACUGCUCCGUAGGAUCCACCCUGCCCAUCACUUACACAUGGACUUUUAUGGAACUUUUUGUACAUUUUGUAAUUCCAACAGCAUUGACAAAUUAUUUGAUAUUAAAAUAUAUAACGGCUAAUAAAUGUUCUACCUGUG